CUUGAGUCUGUUGGAACAGGCCAUAGCUCUGCAGACUGAGCAGAGACAAGCCCUGCACCAUGCCUACAGGGAGAUGGACCGCUUCCUCCUGGAGCAGAUGACCAAUGAGAGACGACACCAAAGGAUGAUGGACCUGGAGAGACUGGGCUACCACACAGGCAAAGAUUCUCCAAGAACUGAAAAAAGAGACAUAAAGUGUCCGACCCCUGGCUGUGACGGCACAGGUCAUGUGACAGGGCUGUACCCACAUCAUAGAAGUCUAUCAGGAUGCCCCCAUAAAGUCAGAGUCCCACCAGAAAUCCUGGCCAUGCACGAGAAUGUCCUGAAGUGCCCUACGCCCGGAUGCACAGGGAGGGGCCAUGUCAACAGCAAUCGUAGCACCCACCGGAGUCUGUCUGGCUGCCCCAUCGCCGCCGCUGUCAAAGUCUCCAAACCUCAAGACGAGAGUCUGAAAAACAGACAAACGCCAGACCGUUCACCCAGAACCAUUGGUUUGAUAAGGAAGUUUGAGAUGAACCAGUUAAACUACAGGCUCUCUCAUCCAGUAGCAGCCUUGCAAACAAGCCUAACGAAAGAAAUGGAUAAGUACAGCAGAAUCCGCUUUGAUUAUGCCAGCUUUGAUGCACAGGUCUUCGGCAAACAGCCGCUGAUGGGGAGCAACCAGGAGCAGGAAACGGCACAUUUCCCUGAAUCCCCUCAGCAGUACACCGGCUUUCUUGGUGCUUCAGGUCAUCUGCCCAACUCUGGCCAGCACAGUCCACCAGGUCAGUUCAAAAAAGACGAGAGUCUCCAGACAGCCGCCGCCACGGCCGCCAUCCUGAACCUGUCCACUCGAUACAGGAAGAACAUGGAGGCGGUCACUGACCGGCCUUUGGCAACGUCCACAAAGGAUAUGCCCAUAGAAGUGGACGAGAACGGCACCUUGGACCUGAGCAUGAAAAAAAGUAAAGAGCAACCAAAGGCCCCAUCCAAGCUGCCUUCUGAAGAGCUACCGUCUCCCCUGGAUGCUGCUGCGAUGGUCAAGAGCGGGAGCAUGCUCAUCACCCCCGCAUUCUACAAGCCGCUGUGUGAACGCGACACCUGGGAGAGCCACUUCGGUCCAGUCAACUUCAGCAAGCCUCAUAUUCUGCAAGAUAAAGAGGAGGAUUUUGAUCAUGUCUCUCUGGAGGAGCAGCACUACCAGGGAGAUGGGCUGAUGAGUGCCAAAGCCAAGCUGCUGUUAAGAGAUGUGAAGAAAGAACUGCUGAGCUGUCCAACCCCAGGCUGUGAUGGCAGUGGCCAUGUGACGGGGAAUUAUGCUUCACAUCGGAGUGUGUCUGGAUGUCCCCUGGCUGACAAAACACUCAAAUCACUGAUGGCAGCCAACUCUCAGGAACUAAAGUGCCCAACACCUGGUUGUGAUGGAUCUGGUCACGUGACUGGGAACUAUGCUUCACACAGAAGCUUGUCGGGAUGUCCGCGCGCCAGGAAAGGAGGCUUGAGGCUCACGCCAAACAAGGACGAAAAAGAUGAGCAAGAGCUUAAGUGUCCAGUCAUCGGAUGUGAUGGACAGGGCCAUAUAUCGGGGAAAUACACGUCUCACCGCAGUGCGAGCAGUUGUCCAGUAGCUGCCAAAAGACAGAAGGAGUCGUCCAUCAAUGGGCUGCCCUUUGCCUGGAAGGGCAAUAAACAGGAACUGCCCCAUUGUCCCCUGCCUGGCUGCAACGGCCUUGGACAUGCCAAUAAUGUGUUUGCCACUCACAGAAGAUAUGUCAUUUUUGACCUGCUGAACCACAGCUUAUCAGGUUGCCCUCUGAAUGCACAAAGUAUCAAGAAAAAACACCCAGAAGAAGAGAUGACUAUCAAAGUUAAAGCUAGCACCGGUGUGGAAAAUAAGGAUGACAUUCAACACUUGGAUCAUGAAAUAAAAGAACUAAACGAUUCCAACAUGAAAAUUGAAGCUGACAUGAUGCAGCUCCAAACCCAGCAGAUUUCAUCGAUGGAAUGUAACCUGAAGACAAUUGAGGAGGAGAACAAGAUGAUCGAACAGCACAACGACAGCCUCUUGAAGGAGCUCGCACGCCUUAGCCAAGCCCUCAUCAACAGCCUAACAGACAUCCAGCUGCCUCAGAUGGGACCCAUCAGCGAGCAUAAUUUCGAAGCCUAUGUGAACACAUUAACUGAUAUGUACAACAACUCGGAGCAUGAAUACUCUCCAGAGUGCAAGGCUCUCCUGGAUAAUAUCAAACAGGCUAUAAAGGGCAUCCAUGUUUAAGCAGUAGGACCCAGGGGUUUCUUUGACUUGGGAUAAUGGCACUAGAUAGCUCUAUUUCACACAGAGUACAGGCCUGGCUGCAUGUACCUAUACGACAAGGCUUUUGGAAGUGUGGGGAGCUUUUCCACAUACACUGCACUGAGAACAUUACCAGCCAGACGCUUUUACUGUUUCUGCAUUCACACCCCAUCUUCAUCCUAGUCACACGUUUACCCCUCAUGCACUUAAUAAUUACGUUAUAAUUUUUGCUUGAUUUUAAUCUCUAUGUGAUCAUGUCAUUCUUAUAUUAUCACUAUUUAUUAUUAUAUUUGUCCAUCUAUGUAUUUAUUUCCCAGUUUUAUUUAUUUUGACAGGUGUAAAUCUCUCCUAUCAAAGUUUGUUCUGCACACUGUAGAAGCACAUUCCAAUUAUAUGGCACAACUGCGCCAUCUAGUGUUGAAAACAUAUAUCAAUAUUAUUAUUAUUAUU